AUGGAAUUUCCAGGUUUCCAUGAUGAAGAGCCACAUGAGGUACAGAAUAAACACCACAAGUACUUUCAGAGUUCCAAAACAAUGAUUCCUAUUCGUCCAAAGCCAAAGAAUCCAUCUCCAGCUCCAGUCGAUGAUGCUGGGUUAUUUUCAUUCAUCUUUUUCUCAUGGGUGACACCAAUGAUGAUAAAAGGGUUCAAGAAGGAGCUGAAUCAAGACACUGUGCCUCCCCUGUCUCAGUUCCAUUGUUCAGAUGUGAAUGCCAGAAGAUUCUUGCGUCUUUGGAAAAACGAGGUGGAAAGAAUGGGCAGGGAGAAAGCUUCCUUGGAGAAAGUGGCUCUGCAGUUUCAGCGAACAAGGCUUAUCAUGAACAUAAUUUGUACAGUUAUUUGUAUGAUUUGUAGCUUUUUGGGACCGGCAGUGCUGGUUCAUGCUAUACUCCAACAUAUUGAAAAAAAGUCAGAAAAUCUUGUUUAUGGUAUUGGUCUAUGCUUUGCCUUAUUCACUACAGAGCUUCUUAAAACCCUUUUCUUCUCAGCCACGUGGGCAAUCAACUAUCAGACUGGCAUCCGACUAAAAGGUGCCAUUUCUACAUUAGCAUUUGUUAAGUUGGUUCAUCUUAAAGAUUUAAACAACAUUUCUAUUGGUGAGGUUGUGAACCUGCUGUCAAAUGAUGGUCAUCGACUAUUUGAAGCUGCUUUGUUUUGUCCUUUUAUAUUUGGUACUCCAGUGCUAUUGAUCAGCUGUACAAUAUAUUCCUACAUUAUCCUUGGACCGACAUCCUUGUUGGGAGUUGUGGCUUAUAUUUUAUUAUUGCCUGUUCAGAUGCUAAUGGCACAAUUUACCACUGCAUUUCGACGCAAAGCCAUUGGCCUGACAGACACUCGGGUGCGAUUAAUGAAUGAAGUGUUGACAUAUAUAAAACUGAUAAAAAUGUAUGCAUGGGAAAAAUCGUUUGCACAUUCUAUUCGUGAUGUGCGACAAGAUGAACGAAAGAUAUUGGAAAAAGCAGGGUAUGUUCAGAGUGUGAAUAAUUCAGUUGCCACUAUUGUACCAACAUUGGCCACAGUCCUUACAUUUGUUGUGCACACACUGCUGGGAUAUGAGUUGACAGCAUCCACGGCAUUUACUGUGAUCGCCGUUUUCAAUGCAAUGAAAUUUACAUUGGGCAGCCUGCCAUUUUCAGUUAAAGCAUUCGCAGAGGCUAGAGUUUCUUUACAAAGACUAGAGAAAAUACUGGUCAUGAAAGAUCCUGUUGCAUAUGUGAAAAAUCUGCAAGACUCUCCAUAUGCAGUGCUGAUGGAAAAUGCUUCACUUUCAUGGGACAAUACAAAUGGCAAUGGAGAACCUACUGAAGCAUCAACAGAGAAAGACGGCCUUGGAUCAAUGACUCUUAGGAAUGUUAGCUUCUGUUUGGAGAAGGGGUCACUUUUAGGAGUUUGUGGAAAUGUGGGAAGUGGAAAAAGCUCUUUAAUAUCUGCACUAUUGGGACAGAUGAAUUUACAUAAUGGAACGGUAGCUAUCAAUGGAUCAUUUGCUUUUGUAUCUCAGCAAGCUUGGAUAUUUCAUGGGAAUGUCAGAGAAAACAUAUUAUUUGGAAAGAUGUAUGAUGAGGAAAGGUAUAAGAAGGUGAUUGGAGUCUGCGGUCUAGAACAAGACCUGGCUAUGUUCCCCUUUGGAGAUUUAACUGAAAUAGGAGAUAGAGGGAUCAACCUGUCUGGUGGGCAGAAACAACGAAUUAGCAUUGCUCGAGCUGUGUAUUCAGACAAAGAUAUUUAUCUGUUGGAUGAUCCCUUAUCAGCUGUGGAUGCCCAUGUUGGGAAACACAUCUUUGAGCAGUGUGUCAAAACAGUACUUCAGGAGAAAACAGUGAUUCUAGUCACUCACCAGCUGCAGUAUUUAGAACACUGUGAUGAAAUCCUUUUAUUGGAGGAUGGCAAAAUUAAAGAAAAAGGAAAACAUGAGUUAUUAAUGAAUGAAAAUGGACACUAUGCCAACCUGAUCAACAAUUACCAAAUGAACCAACCAAACAGUCCAGAAGAGAAUAACAUGAUACCUCCCAGCUCUGAUUUUGGAAAUCUGGAUGGAACUUCUCCUUCAAGCACAAGGUUAAAAGGCUUGGACAAUGCUGCAUUUGACAUGACCGAUGAGACGAAUGACUCAACAGAAGAAAAUGCCAAGAAUGCAAAAACAAUGCAGCAGGAUGGAAAUGAUAGAAAAGCACGAAACGAGCAGCUUACAAAAGAUGAAGAGAACAAAUCAGGCUCUGUAUCAGGAAAAACGUAUCACGAUUAUUUUAUGGCAGGAGGAGGAUAUGUAUUCCUUCUAUUUGUUCUCUUUCUGUUCAUCCUUAUAAUUGCCUGUACAACUUUUAGUGGAUGGUGGUUAAGCUAUUGGAUACAACAGGGACGUGGUGACUAUCCUGGAGAGUUUACUUCAGGAGACCCGAACAACAGCGCGACAGUGGGUUGCAGCAGCAUCACUGACAAUCCCCAGCUAGGAUUCUACCAACUAAUUUACGGGAUGUCCAUUGUUAUAAUAAUUGUUCUGGGUGUCAUGAAGGGAUUUGUCUUCACUAAGUUUACCCUGAAGGCUUCUUCUACGUUACAUGACAAUGUAUUCCGCAAGAUUAUACACUCUCCAAUGAAGUUCUUUGACACCACCCCAAUUGGAAGGAUAAUUAACCGUUUUUCCAAGGAUAUGGAUGAAAUAGAUGUGAGGCUACCUUUUCAAGCUGAGAAUUUUCUGCAACAGAUGUUGAUCGUACUGUUCACAAUAGCAACCAUGGCAACAGUGUUUCCAUAUCUUCUCAUCGUAGUGGCUAUUAUGGUUAUAAUUUUUAUUAUCCUUUUCAGACUUUUUCAAAAAGGCAUCAGAGAACUGAAGAGAAUAGAAAAUGUUAGCAGAUCACCCUGGUUCUCCCACAUUACCUCAAGUAUUCAAGGCAUGAGCACAAUUCAUGCCUAUAAUAAAACAGAUGAUUUUAUUGAGCGAUUUAAAGACUUAAGUGAUACAAAUUCUAGCCAUUUUUUUUUGUUUAACUGUUCCAUGCGAUGGCUCGCUGUGAGAAUCGAUACGCUCACAGCUCUCUUGACUCUUGCUGUGGCUCUCUUUGUCAUUCUGAGUCCUGACUCAGUUCCUGCAUCAAAUAAGGGUCUUGCUUUGUCGUAUGCGAUUCAGCUGACAGGACUAUUCCAAAUGUGCAUAAGAAUGGGAAUUGAAACAGAAGCCAGAUUCACUUCUGUAGAACGAAUAAUGGAAUAUAUAAUGACGUGUGUUCCAGAAGCCCCAUUUCACAAUAAAAAUGCAACUGUUUCCAAGGAAUGGCCUAAUCAUGGUGCAAUCACAUUUAAGAAUUAUCAGAUGAAAUACAGAGAAAACACUCCAAUAGUCCUAAAAGGAUUGCAUGUCAAUAUAGAAGCUCAGGAGAAAAUUGGAAUUGUUGGAAGAACUGGAUCAGGCAAGUCAUCACUGAGUGUUGCGUUGUUCAGACUAGUUGAACCAUUCACAGGGACCAUCCUGAUUGACAAUGUCGAUACUUGCACUAUUGCUUUGGAAGAUCUGCGAAGUAAACUUUCAAUCAUUCCACAGGACCCAGUUCUGUUUGUUGGUACAGUGAGGUACAACUUAGACCCUUUUGGGAAUUACAAAGAGGAUGCAAUUUGGGAAGCUCUUGAAAGGACCUAUAUGAAAGAUAUGAUUUCAAAACUUCCAAAGAAACUGCAGUCAGAGGUGAUUGAAAACGGGGAAAACUUUUCUGUUGGAGAACGUCAGUUGCUUUGCAUGGCAAGAGCACUUCUGAGAAAUUCAAAGAUAAUUGUUUUAGAUGAAGCUACAGCAUCCAUUGAUUCAGAAACAGAUUCAUUGGUUCAGCAAACCAUCAGAGAAGUGUUUAAAGACUGCACAAUGCUGACAAUUGCACAUCGAAUAAACACAGUUCUGGAAUGUGACAAAAUUCUAGUUAUGGAUAAUGGAAAGGUUGUGGAAUUUGACAAGCCAGCUGUGCUAGUAGAAAAUCAGAAUUCGAUUUUUGCAUCUAUGCUGGCUGCUACCAACAAAAUGAAGUAA